AUGGACUUUGUAAAGAUGAUAUGGAACCUUCUCAGUGAACUUACAGGGUUUGCAAUGCCUCAGACUGAGCUGGUUUGUGAUCUGAGGGCCCUCCUGGUUUCACAACUCUUCCUUGAGGAACAGGACAACAACAAUCCUGAUAUGGCCCUCAAUGAAAUCGAUUCGGACUCCCCUGCUCUAGCUCAUGUUCAGUCAGAUUCUUCCUUUGUGUUCCUUCAGCAGAGGAGGGAAGGUGAUAAGAAUGACCAGGCAGGAGUCAUGCUGCUUCUGAUGCUUCUGCUCUUCUGGCUCCAGGCUUCAACUACAGAGAAGAGGCUGCAAAACAUAUGUGUACUCACGGAUUAUAUGGGAGUAGAUGAAAGCUACUAUAGGCCCGGUGAUCUCAUUAUUGGUGGGAAUUUGCCCUUGGGAACCAUUGGACAGUCUCCUCUCUGUGACUUUAAUACAGUGGCUCUUCGUUUCAGAAUUGUAUACAUCACCAGUUACUACCAACAGUUCCUUGCAUUGAUGUUUGCUGUCUCCCAGGUCAAUAAGGAUUUUCUUCUGCUCCCCAACAUCACACUUGGCUUCCACAUCUAUGGCCAUUUCCAGAGGGAGAUGUUUAUUUCCUUGAACAGCUUCUCCAUGCUCUCCUCACGAGCCCAAGUGGUUCCAGGUUACAAAUGUGUCCUGCAGGACACUCUGCUAUCCGUCUUUGGUGGUCUCAGUGCCAAAUCCUCAAGACUGAUGGCCUCCAUCUUCAGCAUCUUUAAGGUCCCACAAUGGAAUUGGGUCGGGCUGAUGGCCCCUGAAGAUGACCAGGGAGAACGUUUCAUCUCAUCCCUAAUGCCAAUGCUGAAGGAGAAGGAGAUCUGCUUAGCCUUCACUCUAAUGCUGGAAUUACAUCAUUUUGAAAGGACAAAGAUUAAGUUUAUUCGCAAAUUGUGGUAUAAUGCCUGGUAUAAAACAGAAGUGUUUAUUCUGUUUGCAGACUCAACUGUUACUCUCAGUGUAACAGAGGCCAUACAUUCUUUUGAAAAAUACAAACAAAUAUCGUUGAGGAAAGUUUGGAUCUUCACUUCCCAUUGGAAACUUGGCGUUGAAGAAAAUGAAGAAACAUUGCAAUUUGUAAAGUUUUAUCAUGGGGUCUUGCAUUUUAGGGACCAUUCCGGGGAUGUUUCAGAAUUCAGCCACUUCCUUCUGUCUUUAGACCCCUGGAACCCCCAAGGAGAUGUCUUUCUCCCUGAAUGGUGGGAAUUUGUCUUUAGCUGCAAGAUCCAUAAAUCAGGGAAGAUUCCUCAAAAAUGGGAGAAACAAUGUACAGGAAAGGAGAAUGUGCAGAAUCUGCCCUAUUACACGUUUGAAAAAAGAAUGACAGGCGAAAGUUACAAUAUCUACAAUGCCGUUUAUGCUCUGGCACACGCUUUACAUGCAAUGUAUGAAUCCAGAGCCCAACAAACCAUGAUGAGGCUUGGAAAGGUGAUCUCAAAUGUCCAGUCAUGGCAGAUUCUUCGCUUUUUGAGCAAUGUGCAAUUCAACAACAGUGCUGGAGAUGAGGUCUCCUUCUCAGAAAAUGGACUGGGAUCUUCUCGUUUUGAUCUUCUCAACUGGGUUCACUUCCCCAAUCAAUCUUUAGUCCCCAUAAAGGUUGGGCAAGUAAAUCCUGAGGCUCCCCCAGGCCAGGAUUUCACCAUUAAUUCUGAUGAAAUCGUCUGGGCCCCAAAGACAAUCCCCAUUGCCAGGUGUGGAAGGAAGAGGUGCCAUGCAGGAGAGAGGAGAAGAGUUCCAGAGGGAGAGCAGGUUUGCUGCUACCAGUGUGAUGCUUGUCCAGAAGGGACCUUUUCUAAUCAUACAGCUCACUGUGAAUCCUGCCCAGAAGAGCAAUUUCCCAACAAGGACAAGGACCAAUGCAUUGCCAAGAUGCCCCACUUCCUCUCCUAUCAAGAGACCCUGGGAUACAUCUUAGUUUUUCUUGCUCUUUUUUUCUCAGUGAUCACAUGUGCAGUCCUGGUGAUUUUCUAUAAACAUCAUGACACACCGAUUGUCAAGGCCAACAACCGAGAUCUCACCUACAUCCUCCUGUUCUCCCUCCUGCUGUGCUUCCUCUGCUCCUUCCUCUUUAUUGGUCAGCCAGGGAAGAUCACCUGUCUCUUACAACAAUCUGCCUUUGCCAUUCUCUUUUCCCUUGCAGUUUCCUCUGUGUUGGCAAAAACUGUCAUGGUGGUUCUGGCUUUCAUGGCCACCAAGCCAGGGAACAAGACAAGGAAACUCUUAGGAAAACCAUUGACUAACUCCAUUGUCAUAGCCUGUCCUCUGGUUCAAGCCCUUCUUUGUGCCACCUGGCUGGGAACCUCUCCCCCAUUUCCUAAUUUGGACUUUCAUUCUGUUUUUGGAGAGGUUAUCUUGGAAUGUAAGCAGGGUUUUGUUUUCAUGUUUUACGUUGUCCUUGCCUAUCUAGGUUUUUUGGCCCUUAUCUGUUUCAUAGUGGCCUUUCUCGCUAGGAAAUUGCCUGAUAGCUUUAAUGAAGCCAAGUUCAUUACUUUUAGCAUGCUGGUCUUUUGCAGUGUUUGGAUCUCCUUCCUCCCCACCUACUUGAGCACCAAAGGGAAGUCCAUGGUUGCUGUGGAGGUCUUCUCCAUUUUGGCCUCUGGAGCUGCUCUCUUGGCUUGCAUCUUUUCCCCCAAAUGCUACAUUAUUCUGCUGAGACCUGAUCUGAAUUGCAGAGAAAAGACCUUGGAGGUCUUCUCAUCCACCUCCCAGAUCAAGCAGGAGACCCUAUACUUCCUGAGGCAUGUGCUGGAAAGUAUGAAAAGGCACAGUUUCCACACAAUAAAUACCAUCUCUACCACAGGAGAGUUUGAAAUAGGCAAGCUUGAUGUGGUGGCUUAUUGGCUGAAGGAGGAGGGGCACCUCUAG